CGUUGCGGCCGAAGAGGAGUUCCUGUUAAUCCAAACAGCGACGAUACACCAUCGCUCUUUAUCCAUAACAAAUCGCUAAACCUCUUCGAGUUAACGACAGCAUGGCUGCUCAGAAGAUAAACGAAGCCCAUGACCAUAUAGCUAAAGCUGAAAAAUGCCUAAAGACAAGUCUGACUAAGUGGAAGCCUGAUUUUGACAGUGCUGCGUCAGAAUAUGCCAAAGCAGCUGUGUGCUUCAAGAAUGCAAAGCAGUAUGAACAAGCAGCGGAUGCUUACUUGAAGGAAGCAGAAUAUCAAACAGAAAACAAGACUCUGUUUCAUGCUGCAAAGGCUAUUGAACAGGCAGGAAUGAUGAUGAAGGAGCAAAAGAAGAUGCCGGAGGCCAUCGACUUAAUAGAGAAAGCCUGCAUGAUGUACAUGGAGAACGGGACUCCUGACACCGCUGCCAUGGCUCUGGACCGCGCUGGAAAACUGAUCGAGCCUAUCAAUCUAGAGAAAGCUGUGGACCUGUAUCAGAAGGCAGCUGGCGUGUUUGAGAAUGAGGACCGCCUGCGCCAGGCAGUGGAGAUGCUGGGGAAAGCCUCCAGACUCCUGGUCAGGUUAAGAAGGUUGGAUGAGGCGUCGGUCGCUGUGCUGAAAGAGAAGAACAUGUACAAAGAUAUCGAGAACUUCCCCAUGUGCUUCAAGAAAACAACUGUCCAAGUGCUGAUUCAUCUCCAUAGAGCGGACUACGUAGCAGCUGAUAAAUGCGUCAGAGAAAGUUACAGUCUGCCCGGGUACAGUGGGAGCGAGGACUCCGUCGCCAUGGAGACGCUACUGCAGGGCUACGACGAGCAGGACGAGGAUCAGGUCUACCGCGUGUGCAACUCGCCUCUACUGAAGUACAUGGACAAUGAUUACGCCAAGCUGGCCCUCUCCCUGAGGGUCCCCGGGGGCGGAACAAAGAAGAAGAAGGCUGCCGCCGCACCACAAGGGGGCGCUGGUGGAGCGCCAGCAGAGGAUGAGGAUGAUUAUGAGGGAGGGCUGUGUUAACCUCCAGAGAGCCGACUCUACCGUGUUCCCUCUACAAGUUAAAAACCUCGACAAAUUAUCCAGCUCUAAGGCCAAGUAUGUGGCUGUUAAAUCUUUAUUUUGCAAAAAUUAAGAAAUCAAUUAUUUAAAAACAUCAGUAACAGUCGGUGUUGCAAAGAGUCCACCCGAGUUUAAGCAGCCUUUUUAAUUUCCUUUGAGGUGGAUCUUCUGUGUAAAGAAAACUCCUCAAUGUUCAAUAAUGCCUGUCGUAUGUAAAUGUUAUCAUUUCUGGUGUCUGUGACGCUGUACAUUUUGCGCUAUUAUUUGUGAGUAGUCUUAAGAUUGAUAUAGGUAUAUUAAAUCAGAAAUACUGUAAUAUGUCUAAUGAGUUGAUCAGUGUAUAGGUGUUUAUUUGUACAGAGUUAAAUUAUUCAGUAUACAUGGCUGCUGCCUGUUGAAUAUGUAACUGGAACAAUAUGCAAUCAGUUUGUUAAUGCAUGUUUGGAAUAAUGCAAUAGUUAAUAAUCAAAAUCAAAAGGUAUUCAUUUGCAGAUAAAUCAGAUUUAAACUAUAAUCUUCAGCGAUGCAGUUUAUUCAAGACAAUUAAAGGAACAUUACAGUUCCUGACGGCGCAGCUCGUAGCCAAUUGUUGACUGUUUUCAAGGUGUGUGUGUUUUUGUCCACCUUAAUCCUAAAAUAGUCUUGGCUCCGUCUUUAUUUCCAAUUUUUCACAGUACAUCUAAGCACUUAAACAUGUAAAAGGACCCUGCAGUGAUGUUUCCAAUGCAUUUCCCACCAUAUAUGUCCCCUUUAAGGCUGCUUUUGUGUUUCUGUGAGUUAUCUUAUUGCUAAUUCCUUAAAUGUGAGAAGCCUUUAAUUAGGGAGGAUAUCAAUCACAUGCCAGCCAAACUUAUUCUGAUACCAAAAGGUGAUAAAGGGACUGUUUACAUUUUUUAUUUAUGCUGUGGCCCACUUCUUGUAUAUUCCUCAAAAGCGUAUCUCCAAACUUCACACAUGCAUCAAUAAACAUUUCCAUUGUGUGGUAUUU